GAAAAAUUCUUCUUGUUGUGAAGUUCAGGAAUAAUUUUGAUUGAAAGAGAAAUUAAAAUGUACAAAUUGCAGGAAAUGUCGAGUAAAGAUAGUCUGACUUCAAUAAGGUCAACAAAUUUUCGUAUACCACCAUUACAACAAGGGCGACAAUUAUGGGAAACAACACAGAAAAAUACCAAUAUACGUUAUUCGAUGUCACAAACCGAUGCAAAUUUUAUAUCACAUCAAGCACGAUUAGCAAUGCAACAGACAACUUUAAAAAAAGAUUCAAAGCAACCAUCCAAAACGGAAUUACAAAGUAAAUUGACAAUUAGCUCAAUUAAAUAUAAAUCGGGACGUGGACGUGCCGCACAAUAUUUUUUCCCUGGGGAAACAUAUUGUAUGGAAAAGGAGGAACAUUACCAUAAUGUUGUGAUUCCACAAGCUGAACGACAUAUGAAAAUGUUGAAGCAAUUAAAAAAGCAAGAAGAUAAAAAAUUACAUCAACGUUUAUUGCGUGAAAAUGGACCGGCAUGGUAUCAGGAGCCAUCGUUAAAACAAAAAGCUUUGGCUGAAGAGAUAUCUGAUACUAUUAUUUGUGAUACUAAAAUGAAAUCAACAUAUGAAACAAGAAAUUUAUUAUUACGCAUGGGAAUUACACCACUUCCGAGUCCGAAAUUGGUCAAAAAGGCAAUGAACUUUGCCGCAGGCGAUGCAAUCCAAUUUUUACUUGCUUUAUAUCGUUUAAUGAAUCCAGCUGUUAAAAAUUAUGAUGCCAAACAAUAUUCAAUUUCCGAUCGAAUCAUUUUAUCAUGUAUGACUCAUCUAGCACUACCAUCCACUUUACGAGAAAUGCAUAUACGUAUUCCAUCACCACCAUCUCCACCGAAGAAACAGCCACCAAAACCUCCAAAACCGAAAUCGAAAAAGAAGUAUGAAUCACCAUACUUAGAGCCAUUAAUGUUCAAACCAGAGCCUAGAAAAAUAUUAAAAACUGCAUUUAUAACAUACCCUACUAGUCCUUACUUCGAAUAUAUAAAAGAUUUGAAACGACCCGGUGAAGAACUACCAGAAAAAUCUGAAUAUGAAAAUAAAUACAGAAUUGAAAGAUUGGAUCAACUAAUUGCAAAUGAAAAUGUAUCAACAUACCAAGGAACAGUACAUUCGUCACUGAAAUCAUUCGAUACAUCCGGUGAUUCACAAGACGAAACAUCAUCAGUGAAACGAAAUGAAUUUUAUUCUAAAAGCAAACUCGUUGGUCGCUCAAAAUUAACCAUAGCAUCACGGUUGAAAAGAUCUGCCAAAAAAUAUCGACGACGAGACGCAAAGUAUCUAAAAUCAGACACCUACACAUACCAUCCUAUCGAUGACUUUGAUCGUCAAAGACCGCAUCUUAUUAUUGGCGGAAGUAGAAUGAUGCAUGCUAAUAAACCGGCUAUACCAAUUAUUGAUGGCAUAUCAAAAAUGGAUUAUAAUAAACCGGAAAUUAAUUACGUAAUAAAUGGUGUAGCUAUAUCACCAGAUGGUAUGCCAAUACUAAUGAUAAAUAAUGUUUGUUAUGAACGGAAAAAAGAAUAUUCAACAGUUGUACAUGGUGGGGUUAGUUGUGAUGGAGAAGGAAAUAAGGUUAAAGUAGUAGCUGGGAUUAGUUCAAAAGAAGUAUCCUCGGAAUAUGAUAUAAAAAACAACGAAAAACCAGAAGUUGUCGUACCGGCGCCAUACUGUCAAUGUACAGCAUUGUACGACGAAUAUGUGCGCCUAAAAGAACUAGAACAUCAAAAAUGUUUCAAUGUAUAUCGGCAGUAUGUUGUGACAAAAGCAAAAAAAGCAAUUAAAGCGAACCCAGAAGUUACAUAUGUGGUAGGUGGCGUUACCGAAACUGAUAAAGGUCCUGUUUAUAUAUUAAAUGGUGUGCAACAUCCCAGAAAUCCAAAUUAUGAGCAAGUUGUUGGUGGAAUCAGUAUAAAAGAUGAUCAACCGAUUCUUAUUAUUUCUGGAAUUCAAGCAACUAGAUUAUAUACGGAAUAUUUGGAUACAAUUAAACAAACUAUAGAAAAAAUGGAAGAAACAUCAAUUAUUGUUAAUGGUGUCACAACACUACCAGAUGGAACACCAAAAUUUAUUGUAUCUGGUGUUACAAUCAUGAAUCCGAAGAAAGAUAUCAAUGUUGAAUUAGAAGGUGUUCAUUAUAAAGACAAGAACGCUGUAGUGGUAACUGAUAAUCUAGUAAAAAAUCCCUUUUUAAAGGACAAAUUUACGACAGUUAUAAGUGGAAUAACUCCCGCAAAUGAUGGACAACCCAUUCAUAUAAUACAGAAUAUGCAGAAAGUUGGUGUGGAAGAGCCUAAAUAUACUUACGUACUUGAAGGUGUAAAACCAACACAAAGUGAACCAUUAUUUAUUGUUUCUGGCACAAGAGGUGGUGAAGUGAUUGAUGAUGCAUUUACACCCAAAUGUGAUUAUUUAAUUGGAGGUCUUAAAAAGAUGCCCGAUAAUAGAAAAGUGUUAGUGGUGGAAGGAUUAGUAUUGAAUCGAGAUGAAAUACCACAGCCAUGUGAAUAUGUGAUCGCAGGUGUAAAACCAUUACCUGAUGGAACGACUGUAAAUAUCAUACAACAAACAAUACCACGAAGACCAAUCGAUUGUGAGUGUUUGGAUUUAUAUCGCAAAUAUAUGGAUUUACAAGAAGCAAAACAUAAAAAAUGUAUGGAUUUAUAUAGACGAUAUCUGCGAAAAAUAGAAAGAGAAGAAAAAGAAGCAUUUAAGAAGAGAAUGCGAGCUAAAGAUCCAACAUAUAUUAUUGGUGGUAUUGAAAAAUCAGUAAAUGGUGAUCCCAGGUUCAUAAUUACGGGAUUGGCAGCACAUAAGAUUGUUGAAAGCUUUGACCCAAAACCAGAAUAUGAAAUGACUCAGCCGGUGCAUACUGUAAUUGGUGGUAUGAAAGCAAACAAAGAUGGCACCUCCACGAUGAUUAUUCAAGGGCAUACCGAGCAUUUAGCUGGAAAAAGACCAUUCGUAGUUAUUGGUGGAAUAAAAGACAUCGAAGGAACUCCAACAUACCAAAUUACUGGUGUUCAAGCGGUACCAUCAGUAACAGGUAGUAUUUGUGAAUUUAAAAAGAAAAAAUUAACAGAACAUCGCGAAAGUAUUAUGGUGGUUGGAGGUAUCAAUCAAAAACCUGAUGGUACAGCAACAUUCACUAUAGAUGGCGUUACAUCUUACCCAGUAUGGAAAGAAGAAGAAGAGGAAUCUCAAAAAGAUUUUGUUUGUAAAUGUAUGAGAAUAUAUAAACGAUGGUUGGAAUUAGAAUUAACUGAAUAUGAUGAAGAGAUUAUUGAUGGUGUUGGACGUCGUGUAGAUGAUAUUAUUGUACCGUUUAUAGAUACAAUACCAACGAAACCACUUAUGCCAAAAACAAUUGAAUUGUUAAAAAUGCCAAGAAAAUAUUAUAAAAUAUCGUGUGAUUAUAAGACACAAAUGGUUUUAUUAAAGGGUGUAAUGUUAAGUAUGGCAAAUGAUGGAUACCCAGUAGCAUGUUUGCCUGAGUCAUGGAGACUUCCAUACUUUCGAGUUUGGAUGAAUAUGCGAUGUGGAAAAACAUUUAACGACGCGGAAAAAAUGAAAUAUUUACUAACAAGUCGGAAACUUUGGAAUCAUUUUACAUAUUGUCAGCUUAAAAAUCCUCAUCCUAAAGUUGAGCUUACAGCAAAAGAAACAAAAGACUUAAGAUGGGGUAAUAAUGUAGCUAAAACUAAGAUUGACCCAGUAGUUAGCGCUGCCUACAAGAACAUCAAACAACAAUGUGUGAACAAAGCACGCGAAUUUUUACCAAGUUUAUAUCCAUGGGAUUUUCCAAACGAAAGAUUUAUAGAUGCUUUCUAUGCCUAUAAACCCGCAACCGAGCUUGAAGUCAAUCCAUUAAGACCAUACGUUAAGAAACUUGAUUAAUAAUACUUUUGUAAAUUGUUCUUUGUGCCCUAAUACAAACUAAAGUUGUAGAU